GAGAGAGGAUCAGUAGGUGAGUGGACGGAGGAUUACCAGCAGUGACAGUGGCUAUGGGGGAAGAGAAAAAGGGAACUAAACCGGGAUAGAGAGAAAAACACGUGCCCUAAAGAGUAAGUGGGUAAACAGAGAGUGAGAGAUCGGAGAGCAACCCAACUAGGAGUCCACUUGGAGCGAGGACGGAGCGCUUGUUUCAGGAAUUGGGUGGACCCCUCACUAGGAAGAGUCGACAUCAACCACCACAGCCACCAUGUACAGUGGAUAUGGAGGGAGUCCAUCCCGAGCCCUCUCCACCAUGUCGCUGUCUGUUCGACCAGCCAGACGCCUCACCUCCAGAGCCAUCACUAGGAGCCAGAGCUACACUGGAGUCAACACCUACGACAAGGCCUACAGGAACCUCUCGGUGUUCAGUGCUCCGGGAGUCAGCAGGAGGCCCAGCAGAGCCAGCAGGAUGUUCACCAUGUCCUCCAAGUCCAACCCACCGCCUAAGGUUCCUCAACCGGAGCGACUGGAUCAGGUCUAUGAGGCCCUGAAGAAAGGCCUUCAUUCCUACCUGCAGGUUCAUCAGAUGGACUUGGACAGCCUCAGCAGACAGAUGAAGGAGUCAAAGAGGAACUCCAGACUGGGUUUCCUGUAUGAACUGGACAAGCAAGUGAAGGUGACUGAGAGGUACAUAAGACGACUGGAGUUUCACCUCAGCAAGAUCGAGGAGCUGUAUGAAGCCUAUUGCCUGCAGAGGAGGCUCAGGGACGGAGCCAACAAGAUGGUGAAGGCUUACACUGCCUCUCAAAUCAGCAAGGAGGCCAGGGAGAGUUUAGCAGAGGCAAAUAAAGGAUACAAAGAGUACACAGAGAACAUGUGUGUGUUGGAGAGCGAGUUGGAGAACCAGCUGGGGGAGUUCCACAUCAGGAUGAAAGGUCUGGCUGGAUUUGCUAGAUUGUGUGCUGGUGACCAGUAUGAGAUCUUUAUGAAGUACGGUCGGCAGCGGUGGAAGCUCCGUGGCAGGAUAGAGCUCAACGGUAAACAGGUGUGGGACAGUGAAGAGAUGGUGUUUGUGCCGCUGGUCAGUGACUUCCUCUCCGUGAAGGUGACAGAGCUGAAGAGCUUAGCCAAUCAUGUGGUUGUAGGGAGUGUUUCCUGCGAGACCAAGGACCUGUUUGCUGCACUCCCCCAGACGGUUGCCGUGGAUAUUAAUGACCUUGGGACUAUAAAACUGAGCCUCGAAGUCACCUGGAAUCCAUUUGAUAAAGAUGACCAGGGGUCAGUGGCAAGCACUGUCAACAAAGCUCCAACCGUCAGUAAGAGAAUCUCAACCAUCUUCAACCAGAGUCCUCCUGACACGCCAUCUUUACGUGAACAAGCCUUCUAUAACAUGCUCCGACGUCAUGAAGAGUUAGAGAACGGAACAGCGUGGUCUAAUUCAUCUGAAUCUUCAGACGACUCCUCCAGUCCUCGGCUUUCUGUGGGAGGACUACGCAACUCUACACAGCACAAGUCAGUAGUGGUGACACCAGACAUCAAGCCAGCUGUAAGUGGGAAUUCCUCCUCGCUGCCUGACGUCUCGUUCUGCCCCAGAGACUCCUCCUCCUCAACUCCAAACUCCACCCACAAAGUCAGCACCAUCAGGGAGGUUCCUAACACAUCUGGACACCAAGCACAGAGCGACAGUGAAAAGGAGAAGGGGACGAUCACUGUGAUGACCAGACUUGACAGUGAGGAACAGGACGAAGGGAAACAGUCUUCCACAAUAGUGGAUGAUGGGGUGGUGACCAGCAGCCCUGCCUCCCGCUGCUACUCGCGCUCUCUGAGCCACAUCAGUGAAAACAGCGCCGAUGGCAUCGUGCUGACAGACAGGUCAGCAGAAUCUGGAGAGGUGAUGUCUUUGGCUUCAGGGCUCUCCAUCAAUGACAUCGAGAUGGAGCUGCCCAGCAGGACUCCUGAGCCGCCCAGCUGUACAGCCUCAGACGCUGACAUGUCACCAUCCAGACUCGCUGUCUUUGAAGAAAACACAACACCUGACGACGUCACAGAUCAGCACAGGAAGCAACAGGACACAUCCAGCUCUGUCUUAUCAUCCUCUGCUCCCAGGACUGAAGCAGUGGACCCUAACACUCUGUCACAAACAAACACACACCCACAGCCGGAGUGCAACACGCGCCCAGAGAGUGGCGACGUGACGUAUGUAGCCCGGCGGGUGUCGGUGGAGGAGGAGAUGCCGGGUGCAGGAGCAGAUUGUAUUACCAGGGAUGUUGACGGUCCCCUGGACAGUGGGCUGGAAGAUGCCCUGACAGCUGUGGUUUCCUCUCUGGAUGAUUACAGAGGCCAGUUCCCGGAGUUACAACUUCUGGAGCAAGAGCUGAAGCUGCUGCAGGUCACACUGAAGGGCGGUAGGCACAGCCGGUCGCCCAGCGUGGUCAGCCUCACAGUGGAAACGGCUCUGUGCAGCUUCGACUUCCUCAACACGUCUGACUGCGAGGAGGAAGAGGAGAAGGGCGACAAGAGGAGUAGAAGUGGCAGGUCUCUGCAGGACAGAGGCUGGGACAGCCCCACCUCCCCCCUCACCACAGGCUGCACCACUUUAGACCGCUGCUUGGUGGUCCACCUGAAGAACUGCAGCACUCAGCUGUUGUGUCUGGGUAUGUUCGGUCCGCUGCGCUGUGGAGAGAUGUACGCCUUGGACAGACUGCUGAGAGAGGCUCGAGUCCUGGAAAUGAUCCGACGCAUCGCCAAGGACAACCCAAGACGCCCGAGACAGCCUGCUGAAGUGAUACCACAGCUGGGCCUGUGCCUGGGAGCUGUGUCACUAUGGCAACAGUGUGUGGGUGAGGGCAGCGUUUACAGCGUGUCUGCUGAGAGCUUCCUGGUGAUGCUGUCUUCAGUCUACUCCGGGAUACUGCCUGAGAGGGCCGGCAACAUGGCCGACACGGUGUUCCUGAGUCUGGUCGAGCGAGUGCUGGAUCAGAGGUUACCGCGGCGGGGCGGCAGCAGAGACGGAGUGAUGGUGACGCUGUUCCAGCUGUGGAGUUACCUGGAGGCCAACGGCAUUAUAGAUAUGGAAACACUCAUCACUGAGCUGGCAGAAGAAGUGUGGUUGGUGCAGAGCCUGGCGUCAUGUGACCAGGAUGUGAUCGUGCAUGCUCUGCGGCGUCCUGCGGAGUGCAGCCUGAGGAGAGAGGGGCUUCACGCCGUGGCCAAACUACUGAAAGACCCACGAGGCAAAGUGUCUGCGUCGGCCAGCUCUGUGCUGAGGAGCCUGGCUGCCCAGCCCCCACAGAGAGAGCAGGCUUUGGUCAGCUGUUUGGAGCUGCUGGAGGAUGAGAACGUGGACACCAGAGUGUGCGGAUGCAAGGCCUUAGCUUGUCUCAAGGCCAAAGAGAGUAUUGACCAGUUGGUGUAUCUUUGUCGGACGGACAAGGACGAAGUCCGAGAUGCUGCCAAGCAGGCGCUGCUUGUGCUCGGCGAGGAGGGGAAGAUGGCCUACAGACACGUGGAGACGUCUCAGGACAGCAUACCCAGACUCUUCGCUCCAGGAAGCAUGGCUAGCACGGCUUUCUAACACUGCACACACACACACACACACACUGUACACACACACACACACUGGGUGGGAACAAAACCAGAGUAAGCUAACAAAGACACAGUAGUUUGUUCUGGAACCCCACUACUACCACUAAAACACGCAUACAGUUUAUACACACUGAGAGGUUGCUAUAAAACUCACAUGGAGAACAGCAACUCCGCUUAACACUGGGCAAACAUUUAAAGUCAGUAAGCUACAAACACACAAGUGUGUGUUCAUCAACGUGUGCUAACUACUCAGUUGGACUGUAACGAAGCCGGGGAAGAAUGUACGAUGUGAGCAGGCUUGAACAGAAGGAUGUAUAAGGAUGAAGUGGAUGCUGAUGGAAGAAGACAUGGAGACGUUAAAGAGGACAGGAACAUGUCUGCGUUGAGUCAUAUUCAAGUCAAAUAACAGGACAAAGUAAUUCAUUUUGUCACACACUAAUACAAAUAUGUUAGCAAAAGUCUAGAGAGCUAUUAAGUCACAAUUUCAUGGCCUACUAAGUGCCCAGAAUGUUGAGUUUCUUCUAUUUGUUUUAGUUUGCCCUCCUUGGUGAACCAGUAGGCAUACUGGUAAAUACACAGACCGUUCCUUUAAACCACUUCUCUUAUUGAUACUGAUGUCUCUAGUUUAGGCUAAAAAGCGUUUUUUGAACCAUCCUGCUCCAGAAGGACAUGCCUGCAAACUGAACAACAUAUUAUCUCAUAAAGUUCUGCCUUUACUAAAGCCACUGGCUCUCCACUUAUGCUUGCUGAUUUCAUCUUUGGCCAGAUGGCUGUGGUGGCCUCACCAUGCUGUAGUCUAGACUACUUAAGACCAGUCUGGGCCCCAGUGGUUUUGUGACCGAGUCAAGGCCGAGUCCAAAUGAAACCAAAUCAAGACCAAAAAAGAAAACAGUGACCAUUCAAUGUCCUCCAUACUGUUGUGUUUCACUGUUUUAAUCUGCCUAACUGUUGCAUUGUUUGCCAACUGGUGAUUUGUGACCACUGCUCCUAGAAACAGACAUAGUAUUCUUGCACAGUAUUUAUGUGACAUAUAUGAGUAGGACUGAGAGCAGACCAAAGUACUACAGCCCUGACCUGCAAGCUAAGCUGAAACUGUAGAGGAGGUUACCACGGUAACAACUUCACUGGUGCAUAAAACACUGAUGGACUCACUUAAGUAGGGGGAUUUAUUACUUUGUUCUCAAAAUGUAGAUAUUCUGAACAGAUCCAUAUCCAUUUAUUUUUCAUUGCAGGAACGACUAUCAGAUUACUGAGGUUGUGAAUUUAUUAAGAUCCAUACUGAAGUAUUAGUAAAAAUAUAUUUUUUUUUUAAACGAGUAUUAUCACCUCAAGGCUGUAUACCUCAGCCAACCAGUUAAGUUGCAGUUGACCUCCAUGUCUGUCCGAAAUGUCCUAACUUCAUCAUUCUAUCCUUUUAGAUGGACAGACAGACCAUGGAUGUAUAGAGAGAACUUGAGACAGCGUUGGAGGCGGUGCUCCAUUCAUUCCUAUCAAUGUUACAGCAAAAUAAAAUUUGACUUCCGAGUACAAAAAUCUGAUAAAAUGAUCUGGAUCAUUCAGCGAUCUACCACGUCAAUGAACCCAUAGAAGUGCACUAGCGUUCCCUUUAACCCCGCCUCCCAGCCACUCGUUCUCAUGCUCACUAUGUAAUUGUUCGCUCUGGGAAGCUGAUUUACCUUUAGAGAAAAUAAAUUCUUCACACAACAAAACUGCUAGGCCAAUCACUGAGUGAUGCAGGUGAUCCUCAGGUUGUCCCUGUACAAAAAUGAUUGGACAUUAAAGAGGGUUUCAGAUGCUACAAGAGCGUCAACUUGAGGCUUCAGAAAACAACCCCUUUUGUUCAGGCAUUGAAGAGAAAUAUAAAAUCAAAACAAAUAUGUAAUACAUCUGAGAAUUUUUUUAUUUUUUUUAGUUCAAACCAGUACCAACUGAACGCCGCAUCACAGGGGACAUCACGUUGUUCACUUAGAGGUUGACUUUGGGGUGUCCUGCAGGUCAGAGGACUGUGCUGUUGGGAAUUGGAUUGCAUUUGUUGUAAAGCCUGGUUUAAUGGGUGAGCAGGUAGAGGCUUCACUGUGACGCUCAGGGUGACUUGUUAAUGCAGGGACGGAUGCUGGAGGCCCAGCAGCUCAAACACCUCCACCGCCAGCUCAUUAACUGUGAAAUGACUUCCAAUUCAAGAGAUACUAAUGAAAUAUUUUGAAAGACAGAAAAGAAAGAAAAAAGCAUAGCUCACAUUGUAGUUCUGCUUGAGACCAUAGGAAAGGUGUUAAGCUGCUUCUGCACCGAGAAUGGUUUCAGCGAUUCAGUGCCAUUACUCUCCAUAAUAAUGACAUAUCUUAUUCUCUAUGGAAAUACAUAUAAUAUGACUGUAUGCCACUGGAAUUCAAUAUUCUGUGAUUGUAAAUUGUUUUGUUUUAAGUCUUAAUUUGUGAAUGUAUACUUUGUUUUAUAAGGUGUUUUUACUGUUAUAAUGACGCAGUUUCUUUGCAGUCGUUCAGUUUGAUUCAUUGAAUGGCUCCUGACUGUCCCUCUGAACAUAUCUGCUGUAACUGGGCGCAACUGUGUUUGGAGUAACUGAAUAUUUGUGUUACUGUCACAGACUGCUGUGAG